GCACCACUUCCUGCUGGAGUCCUUCCCCGCGCCCGCCGCCUGGCUCUCCGCGCAGGCCGCCUACACCCGCUCCACCGCCGCUGCCUCCAUGGCGGGAUACCUACUAGGGCUGGGCGACCGGCACUCGGGCAACGUGCUGCUGCAUGGGGCCACCGGGCAGGUGGUGCACAUCGACCUGGGCAUUGCGUUUGAACAGGGUCACUUCCUGUUGACCCCCGAGCUGGUUCCCUUCCGCCUCACUCGGGACGUGGUGGACGGCAUGGGGGUCAGCGGGGUGGAGGGCCCCUUCCGGCGCUGCUGCGAGGAGACGCUGCGGGUGCUGCGCUCCCACUCCGAGUCGCUGCUCACGGUGAUCGAGGUGGUGCUGCACGACCCGCUGCACAAGUGGUCGCUCUCCCUGGCCAAGGCCCGGCAGAAGCAGCCCCGGGAGAGGGACCGGGGGCGCGGCGCAACGGCGGGCGAGCAGAAGGAACAGCAGCAGCAGCCGCAGGAGGAAGAAGACGCCACCGCGCUGCUGGGCAAUGCGGACGCGGCUCGAGCCGUGCUACGAGUCAAACAGAAGCUGGAGGGCAGG